AUGGCCGACCCUCUUUACGAGCUGCUCGCUCCGUACUUCGACAAUGCUGAAUCACCGCCGGCGCCGCGAGACCUUCAAACAAGUGGCUACUUGACGCGACUCAGCACCCUCUCCUUCGCCGACCUCACUUCCACUGAGCCAGCUUCCCUGCUGCAAUCCGCUCAGUCCCACCUACGCAACCUCCAGGCACUGUCGAAGCGAUCACACAAAGCUGUCAUCUCCUCGUCCCAACACCUCAGCAAUCUCUCAGCUCUCCUUCCAUCCCUCGGUUCACAAGCACAGGCGUUGAGUCAAGAUGUCCCAGCUUUGGAGACUGCAGCCACGAAGUUCGCAGAGAAAUAUGACAGAAGUACAGAGAAUGCAGUACUGGAUAGGCGGAAACGGGCGGCAUUGCUGUCUCGCAAUGUGGACAGGAUAUCCGAUGUGCUAGACCUCCCGUCACUGCUAUCUUCUACAGUAGCGGCUGCACAGAAUGCUGGCGCAGGAGGCUCUGGAGCAGCCAGUUCCACCACUUCGUAUGCGUCUGCACUCGACUUGCAUGCGCAUAUCAAGCGAUUGAAAGCGCUGUACCCUCAGUCGGAUCUGAUCGCCAGUAUCCAGACGCAGUCAGAGGACGAGAUGCAGAAUCUCGCGACCAUUCUGAUAACUUCCUUGCACAGCCCUUCACUGAAACUCGCUGCAGCCAUGCGUACCAUUGGCCUUUUGAGACGAGUGGCACCGGAGUUAGGAGAAGACGACUUCUUCAUCUCUACACCGGCCGCUCUGUCAACAAAGUCGUUGAACUUGUCGCCCAAUGCUACAAACAAUGAUGGUGCUCUAGGAUCGCUGCUUUUAAUCUGCCGCCUGCAUACGAUGCACGCGACGUUGGAUGCACUGGAACCCUUACGAGAAUUGGCAGAUCAAGAAACGAUACAACGACAGGCACCUAACGGCAAGGCCAACAAACAACAGACAUCUAAUUCGACCUCUCUCGGAACGCAAAGCGAACGAUACCUGAAACGAUACAUCGAGAUUUUCCGAGAACAGAGUUUUGCAAUCCUCAGCAUGUACAAAAGUAUAUUCCCGGGCAACCUACCUGAACCCGAUCCGAGCACUGCCGAGGAGAGUCACAAACCUCAACAAAUUCACGACCCGUUACUGCCGCUACCAUCCCCCGUUUCGUCGUUCACGCUUCACCUUGUCGAUAUGCUGGAGAAAACUCUGCGCGAGUACCUUCCUAAUGUCGGCGACGAGUCUGCCAGGGAAUCCUUGCUCACGCAGGUUUUGUACUGCGGAAGUAGCCUGGGUCGUCUAGGAGCUGAGUUUGGCAUGGUGGUAGCACUUCUUGAGGAGGACAUGGCGGAAGAAGUAGACCUUGCCGAAGACGAGGAGAAGGAGCCUGAAUGGGUGGCUGUCAUGAAGAAGCAUCGUGUUCAGGCUAGCAGGCUGGAAGUACUAGCCAGGGGUGUGGGAACAAACAGGAAGACGAGCAUGGACGUUCAGUCGCCGUCGUCUGCCCUGCCAGCUUGA